UUAUCUGGUGCAAACAUGUGGGACAUCACCAGCAUCACAAUUAGGCUUAAUCGCCUUCCGCCUGAUAUUACUACUCGAGACAUUCAUCUUUCCCUGGUCAGAUACAAUCUCUUCCUUACAAGGAUCGAAAUCUUCGAGAAUGAUGACGGUCAGAGUGUCGGCAGCGCCAACGUCACCAUUGACCCGCCUCCAAACAUGUGGCCGCCCUGGCCUGGACCUGCUGAGUCCUUGGAUAUCUACAAGGCGGACGGCUCCUCUGUUCGCGUCCCUGUACAGGUCCAACGCGUCAACCGGUACGAUGAUUGGAUCAAGACUCCGCUGGGCAAAGAUGUACCACGCCAGAUCAACCUCCCCACCGACCAACUGCUCCUAUGUAUGAUGGCCAAGGAGGACACCAUGCUGAAGAUGCCUCAGAAUGAGUACCAAACUGUGCGCAUGGCUGUCCAGUUCUUCCGACGCUACAUCGAGAUCUCGUUCAGGCUUGACAUUUGGGGCAAGACGGGCCCGCAAAACCUCAAGAUCCCUAUCAAGUUCAGUCACAUCAAGAAAAUUGUCCGUAUCAAGCAAGACGAUGGCACUUGGGCCCUGCUCAUACAGCUGCCCAGCCCUCCCGAGAUUUUCAGCAGACCAGACAGCGUCGCCUACUCUCACGACGACCAAUUGUCAGUAUGGCAGGAACGGGACACCUGGAUGCGCCAGCUCGAAAUCACAAACCAGAUCGCGCACGCCACCCAGCCCUGUGCCAGCACAGCGCCAGCCAAGCUGCACAAAGAAUACCGGACCGUUGAUGUUGGCCGUUGGACCAACUACUUCCUACGCCUGCCGACCAAUCUCGAAGAUUUGUGGAUGCGCUGUGAACGACACCUCACAGAUUACAACGUCAAGAUUGAGGAAGGCCACGGAUUUACCAUGGUGGAACCUGGCCAGACCACCGCCUGGACACUUCUCGACAGUUCAGCGCCACGAACGACUAUGGAGUGGCUCAAUAUGAGCCGUGUCCACCUUCCCUUCGAGGUUCGAUACCAACUAGAGGCCUGCAUCUCUCAGGGUCUACUUAAUGAGUAUAAUAUCGACGCGGAAUUUCUCGCGAAACUCAACAGCUUCGACAUCGAUCGGGCUCGUAUGAUGCUGGAAGGCAUUGCUGACCACAACGUCCCUUAUUACAAGCCCAUAAGCAUGUUCGAGGACCCCAAGAUCCUCUAUUACUGGCCUACUGCUAAGGUCCCAGCUCAUGCAGCCAUGGUCCGCAAGGCUGUCGUCACUCCUACAGCCAUCUACUUCAAGACUCCUUCGGUGGAGCUCACCAAUCGAAUCCUCCGCCAAUACUCCGACCUAACUGACCGAUUCUUGCGAGUUCAAUUCACGGAUGAGCUGACCUUCGGCAAGAUCUGGUCUGACCAGGGCUCUAGCAAGUCGGAUGAGUUAUAUACUCGUGUCUUAAGGGUUCUCCUGAAUGGUAUCGUCAUUGGCGACCGUCAUUACAAGGUUCUCGCUUGGAGCAACUCUCAGUUCCGAGAGCAUGGGGCUUUCUUCUUUUGCGCCACUGACCACGUCACCUGCGAGAGCAUCCGAGAGUGGAUGGGUGAUCUCAAACACAUCCGCUCGGUCGGGAAAUUCGCAGCACGGAUGGGACAGUGUUUCACUACCACUCGCCAAGUGAGUGGUAUCAGUGUCCCCAAGAUUGUCCCAGUCAGCGAUAUUGAACGUCAGAAAGAUGGCAAACUCUGGAACUUCACCGACGGAAUUGGCAAGAUCUCCAUGUUCAACGCAAGAAUGGUCGCUCUUGAGCAGGACCUGGUCGAUGUGCCCUCGUGCUUUCAAGUGCGAAUGGGAGGCUGCAAGGGCGUGCUCGUGGUCUGGCCCGAUGUUCCUCCCAAAGAGGUUCACAUACGUCCCUCGCAGCAGAAAUUCCUAGCACCCUACAACGGUCUGGAGAUCAUCAAGGUCUCUAAGUUCUCCCAGGCCACGCUCAACACGCAGAUCAUUCCUAUCUUGAAUUGCCUUGGUGUCCAGGAUAAGGUCUUCCUGGAGCUUCUCGAAGAGGAGCUGAAAGAAUACGAAGAGGCCCUGACUUCCGCAACCAAGGCUUCCGGCCUUCUGCAGCAGCGGGUCGACGAGAAUCAAAUCACAUUGGUCAUAUCCGAGAUGGUCAAGGUCUUCAUGGACAGCAACGAGCCAUUUCUAUGGACUCUGCUCCGUCUCUGGAGGUGCUGGGCUCUCCAACGCCUGAAACAGAAAGCCGCAAUCGGUGUCAGCAAGAGUGCGUUCUUGUACGGCUGUGUUGACGAGCUUGGGGUCCUCAGAGGUCAUUCGAAGGAUACUGAGGGCCGUGGAAAGAGGGACGAGCACUCUCUACCACAAAUAUUCCUUCAGGUCCCAAAGGAAGGCUCUGAUCCCAACAACGAUACCAACUAUAGGGUCGUGGAGGGACUUUGCGUCGUUGGACGCAACCCGUCCCUCCACCCUGGCGACAUCCGAGUCGUCCAGGCCAUCGAUGCUCCUGGACUACGCCACCUCAAGAACGUCGUUGUGUUUCCCCAGCGAGGUGAUCGAGACAUACCUAGCAUGUGCUCUGGCGGCGAUCUUGACGGCGAUGACUUCUUCGUCAUCUGGGACCAGCGACUGCUGCCCAAGGAGUGGAACUUCCCGCCCAUGGACCACGAUACCGAGUCUGCUACGCCGGGAUUGGACGGUUCUCAGGACAUUACGAUCAAUCAAAUGUGUGCAUUCUACGCGCAGUACAUGAAAAACGACUCUCUGGGACUCAUAGCCACUGCGCACAAGGCCUGGGCGGACAAAAUCGGCCCCAAGCACCCAAAGUGCCUUGAGCUUGCCAAAUUCCAUUCGCUGGCUGUUGACUAUGUCAAAUCAGGAACACCGGCGGUCAUGCAUAGGUCUCUCAAUCCCAAGAGUUUCCCGCAUUUCAUGGAACGCGAGCGAAAUUCGUACAAGUCCAACAGGCCUCUCGGCCGUAUCUACGAUCGGGUCAACAUCGAGGUGUUCAGCCCAGCAUACGAGAUGGAAUUUGAUGAGCGGAUCUUGUCGCGCUUCCAGCACUCGGACGAGGAGCUUGAAAAGGCUGGCAAGGUCAAGGCCAAAUAUGAUGUCGCCAUGCUCCGGCUCAUGGGCCAACAUGAGAGACCUAUCAGCGAAUUCGAGGUUUGGUCGACCUUUGUUCUCUCUCGGCCCCGUGUUGGCAACGAUUAUAAGCUACAAGAGGUGAUUGGUCGUGAAGUCUCUGCCCUGAAGGAGCGGUUCCGCGUUGCUUGUGUGGAAGCCGUGACUGGUGUUGAUCAUAAGUCGGCCAUCUUCUCCCACUCCGACAUAGACCUCGAGAAUCUUGACCGCUUUGUGGCGGCCAUGUACAAGGUGACUUAUAACGAGGUUCAGGCCACACUGGCGAGACGUUCGAUGCCUGUGCUCAACGAGGAGGGCCAAGGAGUCACCGGCGGCCAAGGUCCCGACUCGCAUAUGCCCCUCAUCAGCUUUCCUUGGCUGUUCCAUCGGGAGCUGGCCAGGAUUGCGACCGGUGGACAGCCAGUCACACGCAAGUGGUUCGGCACCAGCGGCGAUGCUGAGAAAGCCCAGAAGAGCGUUCACGAGGACAUAAAGGAUGAGCAGGGAACCGGAACCGGUGAGCAAAAGGUUACGGACAAGAAGCAGGGAGCUGAAGAUGAGCACGUUGCCCGCACUGUGAGUGGAAAGAUCUUACACCGCGGCGACAUCCUCGACCUUUUUGACGAA